AUGCGUGGCGGGUUGUUGACCUCUCCCGGCGGCGUUUACAUCACGAUUGACAUACUUCUGGCGACCGCGUGCAAGGGGCUGCCAGCAGCGCCUGAGGAGCCGGUGGGCGCGGUAGCAGAGUUGGACAUCGGCUCCACGGUGGACCGCCAUCAGAAGCUGCCCGUGGUGCAGUUUUUGCGGGACUAUGUGGCCGCCAACAAGCCGGUGGUGCUCACAAGCGUGGUCAGCCACUGGCCGGCGUACUCCAACUGGACAGAUGACUACUUAUGCUCUAUGGCCGGUGACACAGAGGUGACAGUGGCGCUGACGCCCAAUGGCCGCGCCGACGCGGUGACGCGGCUGCCGGGCGCAGCCAACGGCGCCAGCAGCCCCGCCAGCGGCAGCGAUAGCAGCAGCGGCAGCCCCGCGCCGCCGGGCAGCGAGGACGGCCCGCGCGGCGCAGGGGAGGAGGCAGCAGAGGCGGCGCGGGCUGGGCUGCCGGGCACGCCCGGGCAGUGCUUUGCACUGCCGCACCAAGUAAAGAUGCCUCUGCGGGACUUCCUGGCUCUGCUGCGCUCCAGCAAGCAGCAGAAGGCAGCGGCGGCGGCCGACGGCGGCGUGGCGGCCAACGGCAGCGGCGAGGCAGCUGCCCCGCAGCUGCCUCCCUCUGUGGUGCCGUACCUGCAGUACCAGAACAGCAGCCUGACGGCAGAGGUGCCUCAGCUGCUGGGGGACAUCGACCUGCUGCUCAGCUGGGCCACCCAGGCCUUUGGCGGCCUGCCAGAGGCGGUAAACCUGUGGAUAGGCGACGAGCGCAGCAUCACCAGCUGGCACAAGGACCCCUUUGAGAACAUCUACGCAGGCAUGCCUGCCGCCUGCCUGCUGGCAGGCAGCAAGACGUUCACGCUGCUGCCGCCGGCGGAUGCCUUCCGCAUGCGCAUGAAGCGAUACCCGCAGGCCACCUACAAGCCUGCCGCCGCCGCCGCCGCCGCCCGCCCCGGCUUCGCCUCCGCCAGCAGCGACAGCAUCAGCGACGGCGUGGAGGCGGUACUGAGCGGUACCGUAGCGCUGGAACCUGUGCUGGACGAGCCGGGCGAGGAGGUGCUGUGGUCCUCUGUGGUGCCCGCGGCCGACGCGGCGGCCCUGGCGGCAGCGGCGGGCGGUGGCGGCGGCAGUGGCGUACCCGGCGCAGCGCCCCUGCAGGGGCGGGACCUCUUCUCAGACCCCUCGCUGCCGCCUCCUAUCACCGUGACAGUCAAAGCCGGGGAGGCGCUGUACCUUCCAGCUAUGUGGUGGCAUCAGGUGGAGCAGAAGCCGGAUGCCGCGGGGCGCGCCAUCGCAGUCAACUACUGGUACGACAUGAAGUUCGAUGCCCGCCAGGCCUACCUGCUGGCGGUGGAGCGGCUGGCCACGCUGCUGGGGCUGAAUGAGGAGCCACCGCCGCCGCCGCCGCCGGGCUCCGUGGCGAGCGAUCACGGCCACGAGCACCCGCAGCUGCGGCCGCCCUACCACCAGCGCGCCGCGGGGUGA